AAAAGGGAAACAGAAAACCAAAUGUACUGCGGUAAAAGGGAAUACCACAAUAACUAAACCGUACAAACGGUGGGUGAACCGUUGUGUGGUUGGACCGUCGUGAGCGUGGUGUGUGAAAAUGGCGACUGGAACGCUAUGUCAGCAUCCAUAAGCUACAGUACCGCAUCUGGCAACCCAUCUAUCAUUACCAGCUGGGCAAGGAAAUAUAAUACAUCUAAACGUCGAUCAUGUUUUAUGAGGCAGGUUUAACGAUGGAAUAUACUCAAGACCUGCAUCUGAAAAUGAGUAAGAAAAUUGCACAGCUGACUAAGGUCAUAUACGCCCUCAACACCAAGAAUGAUGAACAUGAGGACGAGAUGGAGUCUAUGCGGGAGGCCCAUGAGGACGAAGUGCAGCACAUUGUGACAGAGACACUUGACAAGAUCAUGCAGUACAAAAGCAAGAUGGCUGACGAGGCCGACCUUAAGCGUCGUCUGCAGUCACUUGAGGAGUCGGUGGACUUGCACGAGCACAUGAAGAGGCAGGCUUUGGCAGAAUUUGAAAUGUACCGGCAGCGCAUGGAGGACUCACAGCUUUGCACUGAAGCGCAACACACACAGCGGGUGGUUUCCAUGUCUCGUGAGGUGGAGGAGAUGCGGCGCGACUUUGAAGAGAAGCUGUGCACCUUUGGCCAUGCGCAGGCCCAGUUUGAGCAGGACAAGCGGAGGGCCAUUGAUGAACUACGUGCCUCCCAGCGCCAAGAGGUUCAGGAGCUGCUCCACAGCCAGCAGAACCAGAGUGCCAACUCUACUGUGGACCAAGAGAAGCUGGCUGAACUGCACAGGGCUGAGGUGGAGGCUCUCAUGGAGCGUGUUGAGGAGCUGACCAAGGAAAAAGUCUGUCUGGUGGAGGAAUAUGAAGCCAAGCUCACCAAGGCUCAGGGAUACUAUGAACGUGAACUAGAGGCCAUGAGGCGCACACAGCAUAUUACAGCUGAGAACCUGCUGGCCUGGAAGAGGACAGAGGUGGAGCUGAGGAAGGAGUUCCAGGCACAAGAAGCAACUCUGCAAAGAACCCUGGGAAAGCUCCGGGCUGAACUACAGAGGGCACAAGAAGAUGGAAGAGAGAGCAGGGACAAGAGCAACAGGCUACAAGCCUCUCUCACAAAUGCAGAGGGCACCAUAAUGAACUUACACAAACAACUGGAGGAGGCCAUUCAGGAUGGGGAGAUCUGGGUGAUGCAGCUGAAGGACACUGAGCAUGAGCUGGAGGCAAGCCGAGAUCGAGUGCAGCAGCAGGCUACUGAGAUUCUUCACAAAGCCAGUCAGAUAGGCUCUCUACAGGCCACCCAUAUGAGCCAUGAGGCCACCAUCAGGGACUUGGACUUGGAGCAGAAUCGUCUGAGAGAGAAGAUUCUCCGAUUGGAUGAGGAGAGGGAAAGGCUGCUCAAUCAGAGCCAGACCACUGACGAGCAACACAAACAGCAGGUCCUAUCCCUAGAGCAGUCUCUUCGUGAGGAAAGGCAGUGCUAUGAGAAGGAGCUAGCACUGCUGAGGGGCAAAUACGAAGAGGAGGCUGUAAGAUUUAAAGAAGCCCAGGCACUGGGCCUAGAGGAGCUGUCAGAAAAUCACAGGCUGGCACAGGAGAGUGCACACAACGCUGCAGAGAAGGAGAAGAACCUGUUGAUGGCCGAAAUGGGGCAAGAGUUUGAGAUUCGUCGACUUUCCUUGGAGGAGCAGAAGAACUGUCUCCAACAGCAACUUGACAACCUGAAAGAGGAGCUUUCUGCAAAGCUCAACAUAGCCAAUCAGGAGGUGUCACAUCUUCAGGAGUUGGUGAAGGAAAGUGAGCAAAACCUUGGCUCUGCGCACAGCCGCAUCUCCAGUCUGAAGGACACCCAGGAGAAACUAUGCAUUGAGCUGGAUGCCACCAGGGCCAGAGUGAGAGAGACCAGCAACCUUCUUACUGACCUGCAGGAGGAGAUUGAGACCCAGAAACAGCAGCAUGAAGCCAAGUUAAUGUCAAUAAGGACAGAGGAGAAGCAGAAAAUUGACAAAAUGGCUGAAGAACUUGACCAAAAAUGGACAGAGACUCUCAGGGUCGAGUUAAGGUUGCUGAGGGAGGAGUUGACAGAGGAAUAUGAGGCUGAUAGACAGGCGUCUUUGACCCAGCUGUCUCAACAGAAAGAGCUAGAGUUGAUGGCAGCCCGAGAGGGUUGGCAGAGGAAAGUGGAGGACCUGCUCGAACAGAUCUCACUGCUGAAACAGAGUCUAGAGCUGCAGCUUUCCCAAUCUCAGGGUGCAUUGCAGCAGCUGCAGACCCAGUUCAGCCAGGAGAGAGAGCACCUGAGCCAGCAGCUCAAGGAGCUACAGUUGGAGCACCAUCACAGGGAGCACCGGCUGCAGGAGGUCCAACAAUGUGCCCUGGGCACACUGGAGGAUACCCGCCAACACCAGCUCAGGGCUUUGGAGGAACGUUUGAAACAGGAGCAGAGGGAGGAGGUGCUUGCGCUGAAAGAUGUCCACAGACGCACACUGGACAUCCUCAGACAGCAGUCUGAACAGGAGCUGCAGACACUGCGCUUUGAAUUGGAGGACGAAGGCAAGGCCAUGCUGGCCUCCCUGCGCUCUGAGCUGAACCACCUCCAUGCUACAGCCAUUGAGCACCUACGCCAGAUCCACUUGAAGGAUAACACUGCUGCCAAACUAAAGCUGGAGGGUGCUCUGGAACAGAGUCAGCAACAGGAAGAAGACCUGCUGGGUCGUAUAUCAGCCCUACAGCAGGAUGUGUGCUGCAGAACAAACCGAAUCACAAACUUAGACCACGAGAUCCAUUCUCUCAAUGAAACCAUCAAUACCCUCACCAGAGAGCUGGAGCUCAAGGGCAAGGAGGUGCUCCGGGUCCGCAGUGAGGCCAAUCUGCAAAUCAGGGCUCAUGAACAGGACCUGACAAAGAGACAUGAAAGAGAACUGGGGGAGCUGAGCGCUGUUCACCAUAGAGAGACACAGAUCAUGCUCUCAGACUUUAACAAAGCCCAGGAGCUACUGAAGGACAAGAUCUCUGCCCUCCAGAUACUAUUAGAGGGGACAGAGGAUAAGUUUCGGAACAGAGAGAGUCGUCAGGAGGACCUACAGGUCAUUUCAGAGCUGAAGAGCAUGGUGACAGAGCGAGAGGCCCUUGUCAAAAAACUGGUGGUGGGUGGUCAACUCAAAAGCGAUGACAAGAAGUUUUAUCAGCUGGAGCUGGUCAACAGAGAGUCCAGCUUCAACAAAGUGUUCAACACCAGCCCCAAUGUUGGAGUAAUUAACCCUCUCAUCAAGCCUUCUUGAGAAUGACAACGCAAGCCUGGAACCAAAAAAAUCGGAGGAAGAAGAUGAACUGUUUGCUCAAUAAUUUACUUUCUGAGUCAUAAAAAGGAGCCCACCCAUAAUGUGAAAAAAUCAUUAAGAACACAUCAUGAAACUCAUUUCAUUCAUAACCUAUGAAACUAUUUGGUUUGUUUAUUUGUUUAUUAAUUUGAAUAACUGUCUUUGAUAUGGACUAUAAUGCAAUUUUUCUCUUUUCGCAGCACCGUAUGGUGGCACUGCACUUGUGGUUGAGGUCAAAUCCAUUUCACUUACAGUCUUUCCAGAAGAUUAAAAGAUAUUCUAUUACCAAAUUGAAAGUGCCUAUGGAAAAAAAAUUUACCCUUUUUAAUUUCAGUUCACUGAAUGAAUUUACUGAAAUUGUGAAAUUAGAUUUUCCGUCAAUCUUGACUGUUUUGUGUGUGUAAAAACUGCAUUGCUAUUCACAGUGGACCUGAACUGUUGAACACAAAAUGAUGUUUUGCCUGAUUUGAAAUAAAUAGCACUAUAUAUACACAACGAUCAGCCAUAACAUUAUGACCACUGACAGGUGAAGUGAAUAACACUGAUAAUCUCUUUAUCAUGGUUGACCCCUGUCCACUGCCGAAAGUGCCUACAAUGGGCAUGUGAGCAUCAGAACUGGACCACGAAGCAAUGGAAGAAGUUGGCAUGGCCUGAUGAAUCACAUGGAUUUUACAUCACAUGGAUGGUCGGGUGCAUGUGUGUCACUUACCUGGAGAACACAUGGCACCAGGAUGCA